UUUUGCAAUAUCUGAGAUAUCCUCUUCUAACUUCUCACCGGCAGCUAGAAGUUCAUUCCAUUUUGCUUCUUUGAGUUUCAGAUUAUCUUGCAAUUCCAUUGUUGUUUCCAAAUUUCCAAUCCAAACCCCAUUUCAAGAAGAAGAUAUACAGUGUAUAUAUUAAAUCCACCGUCUCUCCGCUGCUCGCCGGCAAUGGCCAGAGUUCCCAUCCAUACUCCGGCCAACUUUCUGACCUCUCGGACCCUCGAAUCGUGCUACUUAGGACGCCAAUGCCUCUGCUCGCCGUUUCUGAGCCAGUCUAUACGCCCAGUUUCUACAAACAAGUUAGUGAGUGUUGGUGGUUGUGUAGUUGCUGGUUAUGCUCGUAAAUCGGUGGAUUCUGCUGGAGUUUACCAGCUUACUGACGAGGAUGACUUUACUGUUACUUCCUCGGAGGAAUUGCGUUACGAUGGAGAUGAGACUGUUGAUGAUGAAGAUACUAAGACUUCAGGAAUGCGUAAAAGGAUUUCUAUUGGAAGCUUUGGAAGAUUGAAAACUCAGAAAGUUAAGGCAAUAGUGACGAAAGGUUCAAGGACAAACGAAGAAUUAAGAAAUGAUGUCCGUAAACCAACUCCUGAAGAUGGGUCACCUCAUAUAUCUGAUUAUCCACGCUCUAAAGUUAAAACUAUGGGAGAAAAGAAGAGGAUAAAUGCCUUGAGAAAUGUAGAAAAAAAUUCAAGACCAUCUGAACUACAAGAUAGAGAAAGACAUCAAACAACUGCCCCCAAUUUAUCAAGAUCUGAGCCAUUAGUUUCGUCAGGUUCUGGUUCUUACUUCCGAGGAUGGGGGUCUAGGGGGCCCUAUGGUUCUGAAUAUGAACCAACUGAGCAUAAACAACAGAAAAUUUCCUCCGAGAAGGGCUUUUAUAGCCGAAAGUCAUUUAAAGAACUUGGGUGCUCUGAAUACAUGAUUGAAUCAUUGAGGAGGCAGAAUUUCGUUAGGCCAUCACAGAUUCAGGCCAAGGCAUUUUCAUCAGUCAUUGAUGGAAAGAGUUGUAUAAUUUCUGAUCAAAGUGGAUCUGGUAAGACAUUAGCAUAUCUUGUACCAUUGAUCCAGCGUCUGAGACAGGAAGAACUUGAAGGACAUCAAAAAUCUUCUUCAAAAAGUCCCCAAAUUGUUAUCAUUGUGCCAACUGCAGAAUUGGCUUCUCAGGUUUUGAGUAAUUGCCGAUCCAUUUCAAAAUUUGGGGUGCCAUUUAGGUCUAUGGUCGUGACAGGCGGUUUCCGGCAGAAAACUCAACUUGAUAAUCUACAAGAAGGUGUUGAUGUUCUAAUAGCAACUCCUGGUCGUUUGAUGCUUCUAAUAAAUGAAGGCUUCUUGCUGUUAUCAAAUCUAAGAUGUGCUGUAAUGGACGAGGUAGAUAUCCUUUUCAAUGAUGAGGACUUUGAAGUUGCAUUGCGGUCUUUAAUGAAAUCUGCACCUGUUAACACUCAAUAUCUGUUUGUGACUGCAACGUUACCAGUUGACAUAUAUAAUACAUUAGUAGAAAACUUUCCUGAUUGUGAAGUGAUCAUGGGACCUGGAGUUCACCGAAUAAGUCCUAGCCUCGAGGAGGUUCUUGUAGAUUGUAGUGGUGAAGAUGAGCAGCACAAAACACCGGAUGCUGCUUUCUCGAAUAAGAAAGAUGCCCUCUUGCAGAUUGCAGAAGGAACUCCAGUCUUGAAAACUAUUGUUUUCUGUAACAAGAUUGAGACAUGUAGAAAAGUUGAAAAUGCAUUGCAGCGUUUUGAUAAAAAAGGUAGCCGCUUGCAAGUUUUUCCAUUUCAUGCUGCCCUAGCAAGAGAGUCACGGCUGGCAAAUAUGGAGGCAUUUACCAAUUCUCAUUCUAACCAAGUAUCCAAGUUCUUGGUUUGCACUGAUAGGGCAUCACGUGGAAUUGAUUUUCCAAAUGUGGAUCACGUCAUACUCUUUGACUUCCCUCGUGAUCCUAGCGAGUAUGUCCGCCGUGUUGGGAGAACUGCCAGAGGUGCUACAGGAAAAGGAAAAGCAUUCAUCUUCGUGGUCGGCAAGCAGGUGUCCCUUGCACGGAGGAUAAUUGAAAGAAACAGGAAAGGCCACCCAUUGCACGAUGUGCCAUCUGCUUAUGAGCUUACGUACUAAAUAAUGGCUUGCCAGAAGAAAAGCAGCAGAUGACACUACUGGAAGAAUUAGUUGAAUUUACAAGAUGGAAAUUGAGCUUCAAUGGAAUGCAGUUGUCUCCUCUGCUAUUCGAUAAUGAGGUUUUUUCUCCUCUCUAUUUCUCUCAUACUAAUCUCUCUCUGAAUGUGUUUAAGUGUUUAGCAAAUGCAUUAUUAAAUUUCUGUUAUAGCCAGCUUAAUCGUAUUUCAGCCGAUGGAUUGUUCUAACUGAUUGUUACAAGUAAUUCAUUCUGCUUCAAUAAUUUUGAUAAAAUGCUCCAAAUGGUUCUUUCAUAAA